AUGUGCGCCAUCGUUGGAUUGAGAGCAGAGGAUGACGUGGAAACGAGGCGCCGCGUAACUGGACUCCGUACUCUCUGCUUAGCCAACCGAUUUCUGCACCGACUGCUUGUCCCACUGCUGUACCGGGACAUCACCAUCCGCACCGGCUCAUCCAUGGUUCUUCUCUUGCGCACGUUUGUAGAGAACCCUUCAAUCGCCUUGCUCGCAACACAGGUCUCGUUCACAUAUUCUCUCUACGACGAAACUAUGAUCAAAGGCGCGACAGAGACUUGGAGAUUCGGCUUCCAAGCCACCGUCGACUUGAAGUCUCUGCCACUCCAGACUUCAGUCAUGCUGGCACUGUCUGGUUUAACCUGGCCGGAAGGUGGCUCCUCCUGUCCCACGCCUGACGGUACUAGGGCCCCUUUACCACAGCCUGAGAGGGUCGAUGGAAAACACCCCGAAGCGUUAUGCCAUGAAAAGGCACAGACUCUGCAGAGCAUAGACGGGAUAUAUGCUAUUACGGACUUUAGCAAGCCAAGUGACCCUACCCUUGGAGACAUCCAUGCUAGCAACAAUGACCAGAUACGCGAGUACCAGCUACGCGACUUGACAGCUGUCGCUGGUAUCAUUAUGUCUCUAGCGAGCAACGUUCAUACAGCUCUUGUCGCACUUUCACAGCCCGACUUGUCUUAUAUAGGCUACCAUCUCGUCACAAGAUCACACUUGGAGGGCAUUGUCAGCGAUAAAGACCCCGAAAUACCCUCUAGCCGGUUUUCCUAUCCCAAUAUCACGACCCUCAGACUCACGCGCAUCAGUGGACCUCCAAAUUAUUCACCGCCGCUACCUCUUCUGGAAUUCCCAAACCUGCGCAGGCUUGAGCUUAUUAAAAUGGUGCCGCAAUUCCAACAACUCAGUGAACAGGAUCGGGAGAUACCAAUGCAAUUGGAGGAACUAUGGUUGCACGACAUUGGCCUAGACUCCAGCGAGGCCUUCGAACGCCUAUUGAGAUGUUGUCCCAACUUACACCUUCUCUAUGUCGGCUCUCCUUCCGAGAAGGUCAAACCUUAUCACCCGCGUAUCGCCAAUGACUACCAUCUUCAAAAAUUGCGGCCGUUACUGGAAAGGAUGCGCGACCUUCGAAGUCUACAUCUCCCCGAAGACUUGAAUCUGGCUUUACCUCUUUCAUUUGGCCACGGCAUCAAGAACACACCAGCGACGAUGGGCUGA